AUGCGUUCGGCCAAAUGCCGCCUCCGCCUCCCCCUCCGGUGGCUCGGCCGCCGCCGCCUCAUCUCCGCCGCGCCGGCGUCGAGCCACCCCGCGGAACCGCUCCGCACUACUGAGCGGCCUCGUGCAGACCUUGGCUCCGCGGACGCGGCGAGGCACCAUGAGGCGGCCGUCAGGAGGCUGGCGGCGGCGGGCGACGUGGAGGGCGUCCAGUACGCGCUGCAGGAGAUGCGGCUGCGCGGGGUGGCGUGCACCGAGGACGCCCUCAUCGCGGCCAUCGUUGCCUUCGCCCGCGCCGGCUCCGCCGACCGCGCGCUCAAGACGUUCUACCGCGCGCGCGACCUCGGCUGCCGCGCGCCCGGCGUGCGGGUCUACAACCACCUGCUCGACGCGCUGCUCAGGGAGAACCUCGUCGGGGCGGUCGUGCCGGUCUACGACAACAUGAGGAAGGCCGGCGUCGAGCCCAACGUGUACACUUACAACCUGCUCGUCAGGGCGUUGUGCCAGAACGACCGGGUCGAUGCCGCGCGCAAGAUGCUCGAUGAAAUGGCCAGGAAGGGGUGCCACCCGGACGAGGUGAGCCAUGGGACGAUUGUUUCGGGUAUGUGCAAGCUGGGAAGGUUGGAGGGGGCCAGGGGAUUCUUGGCUGAGACAAUGCCGGUGCAAGCAUCGUACAAUGCUGUCGUUUACGCGCUUUGUGGAGAGUUCAGGAUGCGGGAAGCGUUCUCGGUUGUCAACGAAAUGGUGCAGAGGGGAUUGCAACCAAAUGUCGUCACUUACACAACUGUAGUCGACGCAUUUUGCAAGGCCAGGGAGAUUAGGAUGGCAUGUGCCGUUUUGGCUAGGAUGGUAAGGGUGGGAUGCACACCAAAUGUUCUAACUUUUACUGCAUUGGUGAAAGGGUUUUUUGAGGAUGGAAAGGUACAUGAUGCGCUGUCCAUGUGGCAUUGGAUGGUGGACGAAGGAUUGCGGCCAUCGACAAUCUCUUACAAUGUUCUCAUCCGUGGUCUUUGCUGCAUUAGUGAUCUGAAGAGAGCACUCGCUUUUUUCAAAAGCAUGAAAAUAAAUGCCUCCUUUCCUAAUGUGAUGACCUACUCUACACUCAUUGAUGGCUUUUCUAAAGCUGGAGACUUGGAUGGUGCCAUGUUGAUGUGGAAUGAGAUGACAAGUUCUGGUUGCAAGCCAAAUGUCGUCGUUUACACAAACAUGAUCGAUGUGUUAUGCAAGAAGAUGAUGUUUGAUCAGGCAGAGAGUCUUAUCGAUAAGAUGUUACUGAACAAUUGUCCUCCUAACACCGUGACAUUCAACAUGUUGAUUGGGAGGCUGUGCGACUGUGGAAGAGUCGGGAGAGCGUUGACUGUGUUCCAUGGGAUGAGAAGUCAUGGAUGCCAUCCAAAUGAUAGGACUUACAAUGAGUUGCUUCAUGGUCUUUUCAGAGAGGAAAAUCAUGAAGACGCUUUCGGAAUGGUGAUUGAGAUGCUUAAUCAUGGGAUUGAGUUAAGUCUAGUAACUUACAACACUGUGAUUAGUGGUUUGUGUCAAAUGUGCAUGAAUAAACAGGCUGUGUUACUUCUGGGGAGGAUGAUGGUCCAAGGAAUUCAACCCGAUGCAUUCACUUUCAAUGCAAUGGUUCAUGCUUAUUGCAAGGAAGGGAAAAUCAGGGCAGCUGCUUGUCUCCUGGGGCGAAUGAAUGCAGCAAACUGCCCUCGCAACGUGGUUGCAUAUACAAUUCUGAUCUCAGAGCUUUGCAAUCAGGGUAAGCUGGAAAAUGCCAUGGUUUACCUCCUAAAGAUGUUGUGUGAAGGUAUCUGUCCGAAUGAAGCAACAUGGAAUGUUUUGGUUCGUGGACUUUUUACAAACAUAGGCACUAUUGGACCGAUGCACUUGUUUAAGUAUAUUGUUGAAGAUAUGUAAGUGUAAAGUCAGAAUUCAAUUGUGUUACGGCUUCAGGGUCAACAUCACAAGCAGUAAAUUCGCUCUGAUAGUUGCUUCUAAUGUUCUUCAAAAUUAUUUUCGAGGGUGCAUCUGGAGGUGUUAUCCUAAGAUUCCGGAAAAAAGAGAAUACAAACUUUACCCGAGAACCGAGAGGGGGGGGGGUGCGCAGAGGGAAGCCA